GAUCGAUCAUAUAUAGUUACUCCACAACAAGUUACGAUUAAGGUCGUUGUCUGUUACAUAUUGCUGUAAAAGCUUGCCGGAAUCCCGUAGAAGUUCGCAACACUACAAUUGAUUCAGCAGCACGCUGUUGUAGAAAACUCCAGCCUCAAAUUAGUUCACAAGCGCAGAACCACUCCAUAGAGACUCAAAUUCCUCCCAAGUAUUCACCUCAGAAAUUAAAAACCAAGGGGGAUGAACGUUCUCUCUCUAUAUAUUCACUACGAUCUGCUGGACCCCAGCACAGCAUAUACAGAACCAACACAAACCAAAAUAGCAGGACAUCACCAGAAAGAAACCUCUCCACUAAAGAACAACUGGUAUUAACAGUCGACGAAAAAGAUCAAAGCCAAACUCCAAAAGCCCCAUAAAACCUUUCCAAGCAAAAGUUGGUACCAUUCUAGCUUGUGAUCUCUUCUCCCAUGGAGCACCGUACUAUAAUAAUCCUCUGGAUUACAGUCAGCCUUAUUUUACUCCAGAAUCCAAGCAAUGUACAAGGAAGAUAUCACUACCAUAAAAAGACCAGUAAAAGGUCACAAUCCCCUACUCCUUCUCCUGAAUCCCCUGAAUCUCCAGAGCCGGUAGCUCCUUCAACCCCUGUGGCUCCUUCUACACCAAGCACUAGUCCUCCGAAUGUUCCGUCGGACCCUUACCCGGACGACCCAGGAAACAACUCCAACACUACGGAUAGUACAUUCAACGUCAUGUCGUUCGGGGCCGUCGGAGACGGCGAUGCUGAUGACACCAUGGCGUUCAGGGACGCUUGGAAAGCGGCAUGUGCAGUUGAAUCCGCUGUUAUUUUGGCUCCGGCUGAUUACUGCUUCAAGAUCACUUCCACCAUUUUUUCAGGUCCUUGCAAGCCUGGACUAGUAUUCCAAGUCGAUGGGAUUUUGAUGGCACCAGACGGGCCAAAGGCUUGGCCAAAAGCAGACAGCAAUAAGCAAUGGCUUGUGUUUUAUCGACUUGACCAAAUGACUUUCACUGGAAGUGGAACCAUCGAAGGCAAUGGCCAAAAAUGGUGGGAACUGCCUUGCAAGCCCCACAGGGGUCCCAAUGGAUCCACAGCAUCAGGACCAUGUGAUAGCCCUGCUAUGAUUCGAUUCUUCAUGAGCACCAAUUUGGUGGUGAGCGGGUUAACUAUCCAAAACAGUCCAAUGUUCCACAUGAAAUUCGAUGGCUGCGAAGGAGUGCAGAUUGAAAAGCUGUUGAUUUCUUCCCCGAAACUUAGCCCUAACACAGAUGGAAUCCACAUAGAGAACACAAAAUCUGUUGGAAUAUAUGACUCAAAGAUAAGCAACGGGGAUGACUGCAUUUCAAUAGGAACAGGAUGUGCCAACGUUGAUAUAAUGGGGGUCACUUGCGGGCCAAGUCACGGAAUUAGCAUUGGGAGCCUUGGUGUCCACAACUCGCAGGCAUGUGUUUCCAACAUCACAGUCCGUAAUGUCGUCAUAAGGGAAUCGGAUAACGGAGUCCGAAUCAAGACAUGGCAAGGUGGAACGGGCUGCGUGUCGGGAAUAUUGUUCGAAAACAUCAACAUGGACAAUGUGAUGAACUGCAUGCUCGUCGACCAGUACUACUGCCUCUCCAAGGCUUGCUUGAACCAAACCUCGGCCGUAUACGUCACCGACCUGACCUAUCGAAUGAUCAAGGGUACAUAUGAUGUGAGGAGGCCUCCAAUUCACUUUGCUUGCAGUGAAACAGUGGCUUGCACCAACAUUACGCUCUCAGAAGUUGAGCUUUACCCGCAUGAAGGUGAACUAAUGGAUGAUCCAUUUUGUUGGAAUGCUUAUGGGACUCAAGAGACUCCAACUAUUCCCCCUAUUGAGUGUUUACAAGAUGGUAAGCCCGAGGGUUUGGCAGAGGUUCAGUAUACUUGCUAGGAUAUGAGUUAGCUAGUAAUAUCAUUUACUAUGGAAUUGGUAUGGUUUUCACUGGUAUAGUAGAAAUAUUAUCACUGUAUAGAGCCAAUUAGAGCCAUUGUGAUCUGUUACAUGGGUAUUGGAUCUUGAUUAUUACUUAGGCUCCAUCCCUAUUUGGGGCUUCCCCUUAUUGAGUGAUGCGAUUUACGAACUGGGUCUUGUAUUUUUGGCCCCACGAUAUUGUAAUGAGAUUGGGUGUUUUUAUUUACAUAUGAUUAGUACUUCUGUA